UUUUUUUGUGUAUUGUGCGGUUUUCCAGCAGACGGUUUUUUUUGCUACUUUUUGUCUUUAGUUUGGUGUUUGGUUUCGAGUGUGUGCAGCAUUCAAAGAAAUGCUUAGCUAAAUCAAUUUGUUGCUAUUGGAAAACAAGCUCAAGCAAAUAAACCAGAAUAUUGCAAUAGUUAUUGAACAAGUUUAACAAUAGACAUCUCUUUUGGCUUCGCGAAAAAAAAAAACCAUCAACAAGUCAAGCUUUGAGGUUUAAGGAGACCAGCCCUCUACACAGCCUUCACGAUGAGUCCACCGGCUUUGCUUAGCAAAGAUUCACCCGACAUUGAGGAUCUGCUGUCGCUGAAUCCACGCGUCAAGACCCAAUGUACCGUCUUACCUACGCAACAGACGAAGGUAAAUAAGAAGCACUGGAAGCGCAAUGCCGAUCAUAUGGCUACGCCCUGCACCACGCUCUCCAACAACUUUGCGGACAUCAAGCACACUACUUUGUCGGAGCGUGGAGCCCUCCUGGAGGCCCAACGUUGUCUGAAGUGCGUCGAUGCGCCCUGUCAGAAAUCGUGUCCCACACAACUGGACAUCAAGAGCUUUAUUACGAGCAUUUCCAAUAAAAAUUUCUACGGAGCGGCGAAGGCAAUUUUUUCGGACAACCCCUUGGGCCUUACCUGCGGCAUGGUCUGUCCCACUAGCGACCUGUGUGUGGGUGGCUGCAAUUUACAAGCCUCCGAGGAGGGCCCCAUAAAUAUUGGAGGUCUGCAGCAGUUUGCAACGGAGGUGUUUAAGCAGAUGGGAGUGCGCCAGUGUGUCUCACCGGAUGCGAAGCCAUUGGCGAAGCCGAAUAAGAAGAUCGCUUUGUUAGGCGGUGGACCGGCCUCGUUGUCUUGCGCCACCUUCCUGGCUCGAUUAGGUUACACUGAUAUUACCAUCUAUGAGAAACGUAGUUAUUUGGGAGGCCUGAGCUCUGCGGAAAUUCCGCAAUAUCGCCUGCCCAUCGAUGUGGUUAAUUUUGAGAUUGGACUAGUUAAAGAUCUUGGCGUGAAGAUUGAAACGGGACGAGCGCUUAGCACCAAAGACGUAACUGUGAAGGGUCUUCUAGGCUCCGGUCACGAUGCCGUCUUUAUAGGCAUUGGUCUGCCGGAACCUAAGUUGGACCCAAUCUUCGAUGGUCUAGAUGUGUCUGCAGGCUUCUAUACCUCCAAGAACUUUUUGCCACUGGUAUCUGAUGGAUCAAAGCCAGGGCUAUGUGCCUGCAAGUCCCAGCAGGCAUUGCCUAAACUCUAUGGCAACGUAAUCGUGCUGGGGGCCGGGGACACGGCCUUCGACUGCGCCACCUCUGCUCUACGCUGCGGUGCCCGACGUGUCUAUGUUGUCUUUCGCAAGGGCACGACGGGUGUACGUGCCGUGCCCGAGGAGGUGGAGCUUGCACGUGAAGAGCGUUGCGAGCUGAUGCCCUACUUGACGCCCCGUAAGGUUAUUGUUAACGAUGAAAAUAAGAUCACAGCAGUAGAGUUUUGCCGCACCGAACAGAACGAGAAGGACGAGUGGAUAGAGGAUGAAGAACAAACGACGCGUCUGAAGGCCAACUUUGUUAUCUCGGCCUUCGGGUCGGGGUUGUCCGACAAAGACGUACGUGAAGCUAUGGCCCCAUUGAACUUCCGAGGCGAACUGCCCAUUGUAGAUCGUGCGACUCUGCAGAGCAGUGAUCCGCGAGUUUUUUGCGGAGGUGAUUUGGCCGGUGUGGCCAACACCACAGUGGAGUCGGUGAAUGAUGGCAAGGUGGCUGCCUGGAGCAUUCACUGUCAAUUGCAAGAAUUACCGCUGGACACGCCUGCCGAACUACCUUUGUUCCAUACCGAAAUCGACAAUGUGGACAUAUCGGUGGAGAUGUGCGGCCUUAAGUUCGAAAACCCCUUCGGCCUGGCUUCAGCCCCACCCACAACGAGUGCGGCGAUGAUACGACGCGCUUUUGAGCAAGGCUGGGGAUUUGUGGUCACUAAGACAUUUGGCCUGGACAAGGACAUGGUUACCAAUGUGUCGCCGCGCAUCGUGCGCGGCACCACCUCCGGCUAUAGGCAUGGACCGCAACAGAAUUGCUUUUUGAACAUCGAAUUGAUUUCGGAAAAGUGUGCCGAAUACUGGUGCCGUUCCAUUGGCGAGCUAAAGCGCGAUUUUCCCGAAAAGAUCAUCAUUGCAAGCAUUAUGUGCAGCUAUAACGAGGCGGAUUGGACCGAGUUAGCCACCAAGGCGGAACAGUCUGGCGCCGAUGCCCUGGAGCUGAAUUUGUCUUGUCCCCACGGCAUGGGUGAGUCCGGCAUGGGUUUGGCCUGUGGUCAAGAUCCCCAACUUGUCGAGGAUAUUUCUCGAUGGGUGCGCAAGGCCGUCAAGGUGCCUUUCUUCAUCAAACUGACACCGAACAUUACGGAUAUUGUGUCCAUUGCCCAGGCGGCCAAACGUGGUGGUGCCGACGGUGGUUCAGCCAUUAAUACGGUCCAAGGACUGAUGAGCCUUAAAGCAGAUGGCACGCCAUGGCCAGCCGUGGGCAAAGAGCAGAAAACGACAUACGGCGGUGUGUCUGGCAAUGCGACACGACCAAUUGGUUUACGUGCUGUCUCCGAGAUAGCUCGCAAGGUUCCGGACUUUGCCAUACUCGGCAUUGGCGGCAUCGAUUCCGGUGAGGUGGCACUUCAAUUUCUGCAAGCCGGUGCCACAGUGGUACAGAUUUGCUCCUCGGUUCAAAACCAGGACUUCACCCUCAUCGAUGACUACUGCACCAGUCUAAAGGCACUGCUGUACUUGAAAGCCAAUCCGCCGCCAGUCAAUGGACAGUUCUGGGACGGUCAGUCGCCGCCAACGCCAGUGCAUCAGAAGGGCAAGCCGGUGGUGCACUUGACCGGGGAGGGUAAUAAAUCGCUUGGUUUCUUUGGUCCCUAUCAGCAGCAACGCGAUAUUAAGCUCGCCGAAAUACGCAGCAAGGAGGGUGCCUUCUGGGAUGCAGAGAAAAGUGCAACCGCCAACGUAGUGCCAGCCAAUGCCAUUAAUAAAGCGCCUAGAGUGGCCGAUGUUGUGGGUCGCGCUCUACCCUACAUUAGCAGCUAUAAGGAGCUGGACAACAAGCAGCAGAAGGUGGCGCUCAUCGAUGACGACAUGUGCAUCAAUUGCGGCAAAUGCUACAUGACCUGCGCUGACUCUGGCUACCAGGCCAUCGAGUUCGACAAGGACACCCAUUUGCCGCACAUUAACGACGACUGCACCGGUUGCACGCUCUGCGUAUCCGUCUGUCCCAUUAUUGACUGCAUUCGCAUGGUGCCCAAACAAAUUCCGCAUGUUAUUAAACGUGGUGGAAUCGAGGAUAAAACUUUCUACACACAUGCCCUCAGCCAGUAAUCAAUGAUGUUAUACGCAAGUUGAGUUUUUGGUGUAUUGUGAUUAGUAGAAGUUCUCAGAAAUAAAACGGCAUAAAAUUAAUUAACAAGCAGUAA